CACAUGUGAAGUGUAACUGAAUGUGUCAGGGAAUGACAGAUUAGGCCACAAAACCCACCAGCUGCAAGAGAAACAUUGAGAAAAGGAGCUAUAUCUCCGAGUGACCUCAGCUCACCCACUCACCGCAUCCUCUCACUCCUGGUUAUCAAAUCCGCUCAGUGUCAUCGUCCACAAGACAGAAGUAAAGGAUGGGAAAAAGAAGAUGGGAUGAGGAGCUUAGAGUCUAAAGUAAAGAGAGCGAGAGGAAGACACUCAGAGAGGAUGGCCGAUAGAAACAGAGCAAUGAUCGUGGCUUUUCUGCUCUGUGUCAUUGCAGAAAGGAGAGCAGCAGAAGGCUUCCCUCUGGACGUGUGUGCCUCCUGCCACGCUAACGCCACAUGUGACGAUAAGUCCGACGGUUCUGGCAAAGUUUGUAACUGCAACUACGGGUUUGUUGGAAAUGGGAGAACCUUCUGUCAAGAUAAAGAUGAGUGUCAGAUAGGAGCCAGUAAGAUCUGUGGGCAACACACCACCUGCCAGAACACACAUGGAAGCUACUAUUGUACCUGCCUGGCUGGAUACAGCCCUUCAAACAACAUGGCCAUCUUCAUCCCAAAUGAUGGAACCCACUGCCAGGACAUUGAUGAGUGCAUGGCCACAGGCCUGUGUGGAGAGGGAGGUCAGUGCAGGAAUCUUGAGGGCACUUUUGACUGCAGCUGCCAGCUGGGAUAUCAAGUCCACAAUGGAGGGGAGCCCUUCCAUCCUCACAGAGACAAAGCUUCCUGCAAAGUGGUUGAUUGUGGUCCGCCUGCCCCAGUGGAGGACACAGUGCUGCUGUCAGUCACAGGGACCACAUACAGCAGCGUGGCCUUGUUUGUCUGUGAUGAAGGCUUUGUGUGGAGGAGGGGAGACAACCGCUCUGCAUGUGGAGCUGAUGGACUGUGGAAAGGACCCACCAUGGUCUGUGAAGAGGUUGACUGUGGCUCCCCCCCUUCCCUACCUCACUCUCACAUGCUGUGGAAUAAGAGGUCAAUCAUGGGGACCGUGGUGCUUUACCAGUGUAACUCUGGAUAUCAUAAUGUUGGAAAGGACAAUGUUUCCAUCUGUACCGCUGCUGGACAGUGGGAGAGACCGUCCGUGCUCUGUCAAGAGACCUCUUGUGGAAGUCCCCCUAUAAUUGAAUCCACUGAGCAGGUGUGGGACAGUAAUUCAACUCCUGGCAGCACUGUGCUCUAUGUUUGUAAAGAUGGCUUUUAUAACCAAGGAGGAGAUAAUGUAUCAAUCUGUAAUGAAAACGCUCAGUGGACCCUCCCAACUCUGUUGUGCCAAGAGAUAUUAUGUGGGGACCCUCCUAUACUGCCCCAUACUGGACAAGUGUGGAAUGGCAGCUCCGCCCCAGGAAGCACUGUGAUCUACUACUGUAAAAUUGGAUUUUAUCACAAUGAAGGAAAUAACAUAUCAUUGUGCACUGUUGGUGGCUACUGGACAAAACCAAACCUCUCAUGCAAAGAGGUCCACUGUGGUGUGCCCAAACCCAUCCCACAUUCAAUCAUGCUGUGGGAUAAAAUCUCUACUGUGGGCUCUCAGGUUGUUUAUCAGUGUAGCUCUGGAUAUCGCAGUGUUGGAGAGGGAAAUGUUUCAGUUUGUACUGCCAGUGGAGAAUGGGAUGAAGCCUCCUUGCUCUGUCAAGAAAUCAAUUGUCACGAGCCUGUUUUCAAACCUCAUGCUAAAACGCUUUGGGACGGCACAUCCCACAUUGGCAGUGUGGUGUUUUACCAAUGUGAGGAAGGCUAUAAGACCAGGAGCCUGAUAAACUACUCAGUAUGUGGAGAAAAUGGACUGUGGGAGGAUAUUGAUCUAUGGUGUGAAGAAGUAAGCUGUGGCCCCCCACUAACCCUCCCUGAUACUAACCUCCUGUGGGAUCGCACCAGUAGACCGGGCAGUUUGGUGCUGUAUGAGUGCAUGGAUGGAUUUUACCAGGAGAGUGGAAAUAAUGUUUCAACAUGUUUACUAUCAGGACAGUGGAGGGAAGUAUCUGUAAAGUGCAAAGCCAAAUGUGGUCCGGUUCCCUUCCUUACCAAAUCCGAGGUGGUGUGGCAUAACAGGAGCGUUGUGAUCCACCGCUGUGUGGAUGGAUAUCACAGCUGGAGAGGCAGCAAUGUCUCUGUGUGCCGCAGCUCUGGGGUGUGGCAGAGAGCUACAAUCAGAUGCAUAGAAAUCAAACCAGCUGUCAAUCACUUAUUUGUCCUUUAUGAAAAAUGUCUGCACUGGAAAGCAGAGAAGUAUGAGGAGGAUGUAGAAAUAUAUAAGGUGACAUACUUAGGAUCUAGAGACUACCAGAGGUCCUUUCAUGACAGAAGGAAGUGGUUUCUGAGCUCUAAGGCUGACCAUCUGGAACUCUGUCUGAACCUGCUUCCAGUCACAAACUACAGCAUCUCCAUCACUGCGAUGUCUUCCAGAUUCACAGCCACCAUCAACACUACCACCAGUUUACCAGUGCCUCCAGCUCCAAUUGUCCACUACAGAGAAUUUGAGACUCCUUUACCAACGUUGAGGCUACGCAGAUCACCGAACACACUGGACCCAAUAAGUUUGUACCAGGUGUUUGUGCUUCCUGUAGAGGGGAUUAUGAUGUUUGACUGUUCCUCUCCUGCGAGCUCAGACCCCUCAGGCAAAAUAAAAUCCUACACAGAGUACAUCACUGCCCAGAUAGAUGUCAGACAUGUCGGCACAGAGAUGAACUUUACUGUGGGAGAUGGACUCUACUAUGGAGGCUUCUUCAAUGCACCACUUGAGAAUGGCAGGAACUAUUACAUCACCUUACGAUCCGUCAGUCAGUGGAAAUCGGCUUUAAAAUGUUCCUGUGUCCUGUGGGCUAAAGUAAGAGGUACAUCCUUCGUUCUGAGGGUCUCCUCUCUGUCUGCUGCUGCAACAAUAGGACUGGUUGCCUUCCUCAUUUUGGUUGGAGACAGUUUCACCUGGUAUAGAAGAUGGUACAAUUCAGUAUUUUACCCACCCUGUUAAUAUCAUGUUACACGUGAAACAACGGUAUAUUAAUUCAACCAAGUGUCUAAAGUGAUUCUAGUGUUUCUGGAAGUUUCAAAGAUUAAAUACAUACAUUUCAGUGGAUAGUUGUUAAUUGUAUUCA